AUGGCUAAAGGUGAUCCCGAGAAACCAAAGGGCAAGAUGUCUGCUUUUGCCUUCUUUGUGCCGACGUGCAGAGAGGAACAUAAGAAAAACCCCGAGGUCCCUGUCAAUUUUGCUGAAUUUUCCAAGAAAUGCUCUGAGAGUUGGAAGACCAUGUCUGGGAAAGAGAAGUCUACAUUUGAUGAAAUGGCAAAGGCGGAUAAAGUGCACUAUAAUCAGGAAAUGAAGGAUUAUGGAUCAGCUAAGGGAGGCAAGAAGAAGGACCCUAAUGCCCCCAAGAGAACACUGUCUGGAUUUUUCCUAUUCUGCUCUGAAUUCUGCCCCAAGAUCAAGUCUACAAACCCUGGCAUCUCUACUGGAGAUGUGGCAAAGAAGCUGGGUGAGAUGUGGAACAACUUAAGUGACAGUGAGAAGCAGCUAUACAUCAACAAGUUCGCAAAGCUAAAGGAGAAGUAUGAGAAGGAUGUUGCAGACUAUAAAGGGGAGUUUGAUGGCACCAAGGGUCCUGCUAAAGUUGCAUGGAAAAAGGUGGAAGAGAAAGAGGAUGAGGAGGAAGAGGAGGAGGAGGAUGUAUUAAAAAAACUGUUGAUCUGUCUCCUUGUGAAAACCUUAGAGUAG